AUGUCUACCGCCAACAUUUCGGAGAGCAAGCUGUUCCAGCCUCUCAAGCUGGGAAACUCACAGCUCAACCACCGCAUAGCCAUGGCUCCUCUGACUCGCUACCGCAACGAUAAGAACCAUGUAGCGAUGCCAUUCGUCCCUAGAUACUACGGCGAGCGUGCCUCAACUCCGGGAACUUUGAUCAUCUCCGAGGCUACUGGUGUGUCGAUGCAGGAUACCGGAGUCCCAGCAGGCCCGGCUUUCGUGACGGAUGAGCAGGUCGAGGCCUGGAGAAAAGUCAUUGCCGCGGUUCACGAGCAAAAGUCAGUGUGGUUCCAACAAAUCUGGGGCCAAGGUCGAGCAGCAGACCCCGAAUACCAGAAGGCACGCGGUUUCAAGUACAGGUCGUCCAGCGCAGUCCCCAUGGAGCCGGGCGCUGCUGUUCCUGAGGCGAUGACGGAGGAAGAGAUUUUGGAAUUCAUCCAAGACUUUGUCGCAACUGCCAAGAGAGUGAUUGCGGCUGGAGGUGACGGAAUCGAGAUUCACUCGGCUCACGGCUACUUGUUGGAUCAGUUCCUUUCGGAUUCGGUCAACCAGCGUACCGACAAGUGGGGUGGAUCUAUCGAGAACCGAUCUCGCCUCACUCUCGAGGUAACGAAGGCUGUCGUUGAGGCGAUUGGCGCUGAGAAGGUGGGCAUUCGUCUCUCCCCCUACGCCUCUUUCCAGGGCGCAGAGUCAUCGAAUGUCCACGAACAAUACGGCUACCUCGUCGGCGAGCUAAAGAAGAUGAAUGUCCCCUUUGCCUACUUGUCUCUGGUUGAGGCUCGUGGCGACCCGGCAAAACUACUGGUGCCCAGCCAGGAUCCUUCCAUCGAGCAACAGACCCUCGACUUCAUUCUGGAUAUUUGGGAUAACUUGUCUCCCGUGAUUGUCGCUGGAGGCUACACACCUGAGACAGCGGCGAAGGCCCUGGAGACACACUACGCGAAAUGGGACGUCAUCGUUGCUUUUGGUAGAAGCUUCUUGGCCAACCCUGACUUCGUCUACCGCGCGCAGCAUGGUAUUUCUCUCAACAACUACCACCGGCAGUCCUUCUACAUCAAGGGCUCAGAAAUUGGAUACAACGAUUACCCAUUCUCGUCGGAGUGGAUUGACGCCCGGAGGGAAUGGGCCAUUAAGAACCUCGAAUCGAACUACAAAUAG